GAAAACUAAGUCUGAUUAGCGUGUGAGGAAACAUACCACAAAAGUUUUGUGGCAUUUGUGCCUCGAAACAUACCACAAAACUGGCUCGGAUAACGCACCCGCACAGUCUCUCUCUCUUGCCCACAUUCAAGAAAAAGGACCAAAACCAGUUAAGAGGAGGAAAAACUUACCUUACUCAUUCGGGUUUUGGUUGCUGCAGGCAUCAGAAAUGGCGACGAAGCUACUAAUCUCUCCUAUCUCUCAUCGUUGCACGUUUUCUACCCAAGACCGGCACCACAUUCACCCAUGGCCUGGACGAGGUCAAAUGCUAAUGAGACGGAGGAGACUUGUAGUUCAGCUAUCUUCCUCCCUGGACGAUGCUCUAUCUUCUACUCCCAUAGCUUUAAUGGAGCAUCUGCACCACCAACCAGAGUCCCUCUUUCUAUUGGCGGAUAGUGCUGGCUACUCAGUGGCCAGUUACUACACUUCUCUGGGUCUAUUCGUCAUCUCAGUUCCUGGCCUUUGGUCCCUUAUCAAGCGAUCCGUUAAAUCUAAGGUUGUGCAGAAGACCUUUAUAGGAGAAGGGGAGGGGAAAAAGGCGCCUAACCAGGUCGCCGGAGAAAUUCUUUCAUUCUUUACUCGCAACAAUUUUACAGUUUCGGAGAGAGGAGAGACGAUAACAUUUGAGGGAAUGAUGAUCCCAAACCGGGGCCAAGCAGCAUUGCUUACGUUCUGCACCUGUAUAAGCCUUGCAAGUGUAGCCCUCGUGCUUACAAUAACUUUCCCAGACAUCGGAAACAACUGGUUCUGGCUAACCGUGUUGAGCCCCCUCGCAGGAGCAUAUUACUGGACGAAAGCAUCAAGAAAGGAGCAGAUCAAGGUGAAAAUGACGGUGGCGGACGACGGUACCCUGUCGGAGAUAAUCGUUCAAGGUGAUGAUCAACAGGUAGAGCAAAUGAGAAAGGAGCUUCAGCUUAGUGAAAAAGGCAUGGUUUAUGUGAAAGGCAUAUUUGAAAGAUGAAAAUGCUCGAUUCGAUCGAUUUUGCAGUCGGGAUCCUAUACAAAUUAGUAUUGCAUCUCGUAUCUGUGUUACAUAUACAUGUCACGUGUAUAAAAUUCAUAUCACUAGUUUAGAAGAUCGGAACGGUCAAUUUUGAUAUUUAGUGUUUGAGAAUAUACUAUUAAUGAAAUUCAAUGUUAAAUUA